AUGGACACUCUAUUGAUUACACCCAGUCAAUUUUUGCUAGAUGAUGGUGCGGUUGCAGAAAGCACGAUUCGAGAGAUAUUUUUUCGCCAUUGGGAAAAAAUGAAAGAUGAAUUUUUGGCAGCGGGAAAUCAGAUCAAUAUAUGGCGUCAAACAAUGAUUAAUGAUACGAAUAAAUAUGCCGAUGAACUACUUCACGCUCUUGCUAAUGACUUUAAUCGAUUUAAAUCAAGCUGUCAGCAGCAAUGUGAUGAAAAUUUAGCGAAGGCAUAUGCAUAUCAUGAAAUCCAAAAUGUUGAGCUAUACAACGAACUCUGCGAAAGUUGCCGAUCUCUAAAGUUUCAGUUGGCACGACUUGAAUCAGCGACAGGUGAAUUACAUAGCUAUAGAAUUGUAACUAUUGAAGAGCAAAUCGAAAAAGAAAGAAUUGCCAAUUCUUGUGUGAACGAGUCUCAAACUAAAUCUGAAACAAAGCACAUUUCUAAUAGUGAAAUUCAUCAAUACAUAGAUCACGAUUCAUCUCUUAGUACUUUGUCUUCGAAUUCAAAUAGGCCAGAAACUGAAUCCAUUCUAAUGGAAUCUUCAAAACAAUGUGUUUCAAUAGAUAUUGCAAGCAAUAACGAGUCAAAUUCGAAUGAUGAUGAGAAAUGUCCAACAUGUUACAUGAUAUUCACAAAAGACAUGACCAUAGAUAAACGUUCUGAACAUGUACAAGAACAUUAUUUUAAUGACUGA